AUGGCAGCCAAACGGACAGAGCUGGUCACCAUCAUUAGCCUUUGGGAGUUGAACCUGGGGACCCCAGAGCCACAGCCAAAAGACUCAAAGACAUUCACCAUGGAGGACGCCGUGGAGACCAUUGGAUUCGGACAUUUCCACAUUGCCCUCUUUCUGAUCAUGGGCAGCAUGGGAGUUGCUGAGGCCAUGGAGAUCAUGUUAAUAGCGGUUGUGUCUCCUGUCAUCUGCUGUGAAUGGCAGCUGGAGAACUGGCAGGUGGCGUUAGUGACCACGAUGGUGUUUUUUGGCUACAUGGUAUUCAGCAUCCUCUUUGGCCUCUUGGCUGACAGAUAUGGCCGCUGGAAGAUUUUGCUCAUCUCGUUGCUGUGGGGAGUCUACUUCUUGCUGACCCCAUUCUCUCCCUCGUACAUCUGGUUUGUCUUCCUGCGGACGAUGGUGGUCUGUGGCGUGUCUGGCCAUGCCCAAAGUCUACUCAUAAAGACUGAAGUUUUGCCUACAAAAUAUCAAGGCUAUAUGCUCUAUGCUCCCCUUGUCUCAGAACAGACAGAAGAAAAGAUAGUAAGAAAACAUCAAGCAAAAGUAAAAACCCUCCAUAGCUUCAUGGCGUCCGAAAGGCAGAAUUCUAAAGAUGAUGCCCAAGAGUUCCAACACCUGGGGAUUCAAUCAAACACUAAUUUGGAUGUAGAUGUGAAGGGACUGUGGAUGCUGGGCAUCUCUUUCGCCUACUACGGGGUCAUCCUGGCCAGUGCGGAGCUGCUGGAGCGGGACCUGGCCUGUGGCUCGCGGCCAGAGUCUGAGGCGGUGACCGUAGGGGUCUCGGAGGAGAGCCAGAGCCCCUGCCACUGCCAGGUGUGCCCUUCCGACUACCAGACCAUGAUUAUCAGCACCAUUGGUGAAAUUGCUCUGAAUUCUUUAAAUAUCCUGGGCAUGGAUUUCCUGGGAAGACGGCUGAGCCUUUCUAUUACCGAGGGAUGCACAGCUUUAUUCUUUCUUCUCCUCAGUAUUUGCACUUCAAGUGCCGGCCUCAUCGGCGUCCUCUUCAUGCUGAGGGCUUUGGUGGCGUCCAACUUCAACACCAUCUGUAUUUACACCGAUGAGGUCUACCCCACAAUGACGCACACUUUGGGGAUGGGGACCAGUGGCUCCCUGUGUCGCAUUGGUGCGAUGGUGGCGCCAUUUAUAUCCUAGGUUCUCAUGAGUGCAUCAUUUCUGGGAGCCUUGUGUCUUUUCUCAUCUGUCUGUGUUGUGUGUGCCAUUUCUGCAUUUACUCUCCCUAUUGAGACCAAAGGAUGGGCCCUACAGCUGCCUGUGGUAGGACUGGAGGCAAAAAAUGCCCCAGUUGUCAUCCAAUACUAA